AUGGCGAGACUUUUGGUGGCUUUGUUGUUCGUUGCUGGAGUUGCUGUUGCUCAAAGAGUUGUGAGUUGAAGGGCUGAGUGAAUUUGAAAAUGUUACAAACGUUUCAGGCUACUGGAGUUCCAGCUCCGAGAGGACCAAACGGAGCUAGCCCAGCUCCAGUCUCCGGAAGACCAGCUCAAAACUCCGAAGCACCAGCUUCAAGAGGACCAAACGGAGCUAGCCCAGCUCCAGUUUCAGGAAGACCAGCUCAAAACUCAUCUGCCCCAGUUUCACAAGGACCAAACGGAGCAAGUCUAGCUCCAGUCUCCGGAAGACCAGCUCAAAACUCUGAAGCACCAGCCUCAAGAGGACCAAACGGAGCUAGCCCAGCUCCAGUUUCCGGAAGACCAGCUCAAAACUCCGAAGCACCAGCCUCAAGAGGACCAAACGGAGCUAGCCCAGCUCCAGUUUCAGGAAGACCAGCUCAAAACUCCGAAGCCCCAGCAUCAAGAGGACCAAACGGAGCUAGCCCAGCCCCAGUUUCUGGACGUCCAGCCCAAAACUCAGCUGCCCCAGCUUCACGUGGUCCAAAUGGAGCCAGCCCAGCCCCAGUCUCAGGCCGACCAAACAGACAAUAA